UCGCAACAAACCACAUUUUGACAUAAUCGAACCUAACCUUACUUCUAUAAUUGACAAGUUUAAUCUGUAUGUUAACAAACCGAUUUUCUCUAAUUUUUUCACCGCUUUUGAGGCGUUUAUUAAAAAUGACCGAACCAGUUAGUUGGGUGGCCCUACAAGAUAAAGCAACCGCUAUACAAAAUACUAUUGUUGAAGUACAAAAAGAGCUUGAUGUUGUAACCCAAACCUACAACGACGCUUUCUGCGAUCACUUACGCGAUGAAAAUCGUCGAUUAAAAGAAAUGAUCGAAAACGCUCGCAUGAAAUUGAUAAUUGCAGAAAAAAAGAACGGAGUUCCUCAAAUUGCUGUUCCAAAGCGAAACGUUGCGUGUUCUAAUGAAACUCAAAAAGUUGCUAAUGAAACUCAAAAAGUAGAGGAGAAAAAAGAUAAGGGUGAUGUACCAAAGAAAGAAAAAAAAGCACCGAAAGAAACCAAACCGAAACUUCCUGUUGCCCCUGAACUUCCUGUUGAUGUAGGUCGUUUAGAUUUGCGUAUUGCAAAAAUUGAGGAUGUUCAAAAACAUCCCGAUGCUGAUACUUUGUAUGUUUUAAAAAUUAAUUGCGGGGAGGAUAAACCAAGGACUGUUUGUUCUGGAUUGGUGCAACAGAUUCCUAAAGAAGAUUUGGAAAAUAGAUUCGUUGUGUUACUUUGCAACUUAAAACCACAAAAGAUGCGGGGAAUUANUAUUGCUUUAGCGAAGACCGUCCUUUGA